AUGCUUCUUGAGCAUUUGGCUUCGGCGCGGUUCGCAACGGGACUCGCACUUGGGGGGCUUGUUAUUUCGUUGAUAGGCUAUGUCGUAUACAAUCGCUUCUUCCAUCCAUUACGGCGCAUCCCCGGCCCGCUCCUUGCAUCAGUAACGCCGUGGGUGCAGCUUUACCAUGGACUAAAGGGUGACCGUCAUCUAUGGCUAGAUCGUCUACAUCAACAUUACGGAUCGCAUGUCCGAGUAGCUCCAAACUUCGUGUCUUUCAAUACCGCUCAAAGUUUGCAUGAUAUCUAUGGCCAUGGAAAACGUGUCAAGAAGGCCGAUUUCUACAAUGGCUUCACUGCCAUCAAAGGCGUCUACAACACCCAUAAUGCCAUUGACAAGACCUUGCACGGAAAGAAACGCCGCGUCUUGAGUCACGCAUUUUCAGACAAUGCCUUGAAAGGCAUGGAAGAUGUUAUGCUACUCCACAUUCGGCAGCUCUGCGCAAUUCUAGCUGAAGACCCUCAAUAUGGCCGCGAUAUCAUGCUGGAGAAUGAAUAUCGAACCGAAAAAGGCCACACCGUGCGCAAUAUGAGCAAUUGGUUGAGCUUCAUGACUUAUGAUGUCUUGGGAGAAUUGUGCUUUGGAAAAAGUUUUGACAUGCUGAUUGACAGCGCAAAGCGCAGAAUGGUCCAUUUGGUUGACUGUGCUGCGUACCGACACUAUGUGUGCGGACUUUGGAUGCCUCUGGACAGAUGGGGUCUCGACAAAAUCUUCAUCAGAAAGUUGACGAUGGAGCGAUGGAAUUUCAUUAUGAACUCGCGUGUCGAAGCGACUAAGCGAGCCAAGGAGCGUGUUGAAGCCGGACACGAUGCAAAGAAGGACUUUUUCUUCUAUCUACUCAAUGCAAAAGACCCGGAGACCGGCGAGGGGCUCUCAAUGAAGGAACUCUGGGGCGAGUCGAAUGUCCUCAUGAUCGCCGGUAGCGAUACCACCUCGACUAGUCUGGCAGCAACUCUCUUCUAUCUCGUCCGUCACCCCAAAACCUUGGAAUUGCUGAAGAAAGAAGUCCGAUCAACGUUUAGCGAUGUCGAAGACAUUGUCAGUGGUCCUCAAUUGAAUGAUCUGGUAUACCUCAAAGCCUGCGUCGACGAAGCCAUGCGACUAGCCCCAGCUGUCCCUGGAGCCAUUCCGCGAGAAGUAAUGGAAGGCGGUGCUGAAGUAGACGGCGUUCACCUUCCAGCCGGAACUAACUGUGGUACCCCGACAUUCUCCAUCCACCGUCAGGCAGAAUAUUACCGUGAGCCGAUGGCAUAUAUCCCUGAGCGAUGGAUUGAGGGUGCAACGUGCCAAUCCACGUCCGGGCUUUCAUGGACGUCAACGAAGUACGACAUUGACAUUGCGCGACGGGCAUUCUGCCCAUUCAGCAUUGGGCCACGUGGGUGUAUCGGUAAGAGUAUGGCACUGAUGGAGAUGCGCAUCACAUUGGCCAGGAUUAUGUUCCUUUUUGACAUUGAAUUUGCCGAUAAGACGGGCGAAGACGCCGAUGGACAGUUUGCAAUGAUCGACCAUUUCGUCGUCGCAAAGAAGGGUCCGAAUGUGAUUGUUCGCAAAAGGGCAUGA